AUGGAAGACCUUUUCACAAGUCUAUUGAUUUCAACGGCUUUAUUCUUGCUGCUCUUUUCACCUUCUGUUGCAGUAGACAAUAUAGCUGCUAAUCAAGUAAUCAAAGAUGGUGAAACCAUUGUUUCAGCUGGAGAAAUGUAUGAAAUGGGAUUCUUUAGCCCUGCUAACUCCAAUAAUCGUUAUUUGGGGAUAUGGUUCAAGAAGACAGCAAUGGGUACAGUGGUAUGGGUUGCUAACAGAGACUUGCCGAUAUCAGAUACAUCAGGCACCUUCAAAGUCAGUAGUGAGGGACUCCUGCUGCUUUCCUACUGCGAUGAUACCGUAAUCUGGUCAUCCACUUGUUCGACAUUUGUCAGGUAUAUUAAUCCAGUGGCACAACUUUUAGAUACUGGAAAUUUUGUUGUCAAGGAUGGAAACAGUACUGAUCAGACCGAUCUCAUUUGGCAAAGUUUUGAUUAUCCUGGUGACACGUGGCUACCCGGAAUGAAAUUUGGUAAGGACUUCGUAGCAGGUGUUAACAGGAACUUGACAUCAUGGAAGAGUACCAAUGAUCCUUCGGUAGGUCAGUAUGUAAAUUAUGUGGAUACAAAUGGAUAUCCGCAAAUGCUAUUGAGGCAAGGUUUAGUCGUACGCCUAAGGGUUGGACCAUGGAAUGGGAUGAGGUUUAGUGGUCUGCCUGAUGAGAUACCAAAUCCAAUUUACUCCAUUGACUAUGCUAUUAACCAAAAGGAAAUAUAUUAUAAAUACGAUCUCACGAGUUCUUCAGUUGUUCAGAUGGUACAUUUGACGUGGGAUGGCAUCAUUGAAAUGAUGCACUGGAACAAUCGGAGCCAGGAUUGGUUUGUGUAUGCAACUGGUCCAGUAGAUACUUGUGGUCGCUAUGGAAUCUGUGGUCCUUAUGGCAGUUGUGACAUCAACAAAAAUCCUCCUUGUAGUUGUAUGGAUGGUUUUGAACCAAAACGCCCAGAUGAAUGGAGCAUGGCAGAUUGGUCGAGUGGAUGCCGAUUCAGAACUCCUUUAGAUUGUCAGGCCCCAGAAGUGUUUUGGAAAAUCAGAGGAAUGAAAUUUCCCGACACACGACAAUCAUGGUACGAUCAUAGCAUGACCCUAGGUGAAUGUGAGAUAGCCUGUAGGAAAAAUUGCUCUUGUACGGCUUAUGCAAAUAUAGAUGUCAGGAGAGGGGGGAGUGGAUGCUUAUUAUGGUUUGGUGCACUGAUGGAUCUCAAGGUUUGCGGAGAGAGUCAAUAUCUUUACAUACGAAUGCCUGCCUCUCUACUUAAAGAUGAUGGUCUUACGAUCUCCCAAUCUGGCUUCAACAAAAAGAUUCGAGUACUCACCGUCACCUUGUCCAUUUCAUUGGUCUUGCUGGGCAUGUCCUUAGCUGCGUAUGUUUGUAACAAGAAAAAGAAAAGGUCUUCCACACAAGGACGAGGUCACAGGGUAUACGCCUUUGAUAAACGGGACUCCAAUGUAGUGAAGGAAGAUAUAGAGCUGAAUUUUAUCAGCUUAUCUAAAGUAGUUAAGGCUACCAAUAACUUCUCCAUUGACAAUAAGCUUGGACAAGGUGGCUUCGGUCCGGUUUACAAGGGAGUUUUGGAAAGCGGAGAAGAAAUAGCUGUGAAGAAACUUUCAGAAACUUCUGAACAAGGGUAUGGCGAGUUCUACAAUGAAGUUGUUUGUGUUGCCAGACUUCAGCAUCGGAAUCUGGUGAAGCUUCUUGGAUACUGCAUGGAUGGAAAUGAAAGGAUCCUGAUUUAUGAAUACUUGUCUAACAAAAGCUUGGACUUGCAUCUAUUUGAUGAAACCAAAAGUUCUAUGUUAGAAUGGCCUCUGCGCUUGGAUAUUAUCCGCGGGAUUGCUAAAGGUAUUCUUUAUCUCCAUCAAGACUCCCGCCAUCGAAUCAUCCACAGAGAUCUCAAGGCAAGCAAUAUUCUGCUGGAUCACGACAUGAACCCAAAAAUAUCAGACUUUGGGCUUGCUAGAGAGUUUGGAGGAGACCAGAUGACAGCCAAGACAAAGAAAGUGGUUGGAACACAUGGUUAUAUUUCACCCGAGUAUGCAAUUCACGGCCGUUUCUCUGUAAAAUCGGACGUCUUCAGCUUUGGUGUUUUGGUGUUGGAGAUGGUGAGUGGGAAGAAAAACCGAGAAUUCUCCCAUGAAGAUGUGAAUGAUAACCUUCUUGGACAUACAUGGAGACUCUAUACAGAAAGCAAGUACGUCGAGCUCAUGUGUCCAUCUUUCCGUAACUCAUGCAUUGUCUCAGAGGUGAAACGGACGAUACAUGUUGGUCUACUAUGCGUGCAAAAUCUUGCACAAGAUAGGCCAACGAUGUCGUAUGUGGUUAGGAUGUUGAGUGGUAACAGUGCAUUGCCUCCACCAAAACAACCUGCUUUCUUUGUUGGAGAAGACUUGCCUAAUCCCGGCCUCUUUUCAGCAGGAGUCGAUGAAGCCUCUAUAACGACGUUAGAGCCUCGAUAG